AUGAGCGGCGUCCACGAGGACGCCGCUGAACCAACAAAAAUGAAACCCUAUCCUAUUGGUCGCCGUGGUGCACGGCGACCGCGUGACGGAUUCCCGUCACACAGACCCACUGAAGGAACGGUUUGUGGAGCUGCCCGAUGGUUUACGUACGCGCGGAAGAAGCUUCACCACAUCUGGCGUGGCAGCGACUAUGCGUUUCCAUCAUUGACGAAGGUAAUGUUGCUAUCUGACAUUGGCGAACCAUUGAACAUUAUCGCUGAGGCCGCUGGAAUCAGCCGAAACCUGCUUGGUGACGAGAUUUGGUUUACAUCCCACUGUUUCCGUCGAGGUGGUGCACAGUAUCAGUUCAUGUUUGCCCCUGAAGAUCGACGGUGGUCACUGAAGCUCGCGAAGUGGUGGGCAGGAUAUCUGCUCGACGACGUACUGGAUCGAGAAGAGAACCAGCUGGGCGACUCGCUGGCUCUGGAUGCGGCGUCGUGCAGUAGCGCGACUCUUGAAGGUAUACCGGAUAUCGACUAUGGAGGCUCCCAGUUAUCAGACGACACUACGCAGGAUACUCAGCCUACGACCGAAUCAGCAGAUCGAGUCGUUAUCUCAACUAUCCGUCGUGCUGAUCCUACCAGCUCUAUCAUUGACAAAGCCAUCUCCAAUAGAAAGGACGCAGAACGACGGGCGGCGUUGAGAGGAGAUUCGCCAACGGAGUUUCUGCUCAAGCAGCUCGAGACCAACGGGCUUUUCUACAAAGUAGACGUGAACCCCGACAAUUCGCGACUUAGAUCGCUGUUUUGGUCACACCCGGAUAUCCAAGACAUCUACGGCUGGAACUCGGAUGUCUUGAUUUUAGACUGCACGUACAAGACAAAUUCGUUCGACUUGCCUUUGCUCAACAUUAUCUCAAUGACUAACACGAAUAAGGUCUUGCCGAUUGCGCAGUGCUGA